GACUUGACAUAAUUCAUAUGCAUCGUAUCUAGUUGGUACGGGGUUAUCAAUCAUCCAUCUAUAAAUAAGCACAAAAUCAAUAAAUAUAUAUCUCACUCAAACAAUACACAACACUUCUUAACUCUCUAUAUUUGGUUGCAUCAUAUAAUAUCCUUCUUUCUUUUUCUGAUAUUAUGGCUUCAUCUCCAUUGAUUUUCACAGUCCGGAGGUCCCAACCAGAGUUGGUGCGUCCAGCUGCACCCACUCCUCGCGAAGUUAAACUACUAUCUGACAUAGAUGAUCAAGAAGCCCUCCGUUUCAAUCUUCCAUUCAUAUUUGUCUUUCGUCACGAACCAUCAAUGACAAAGAAAAAUCCUGUUAAAGUUCUUAAAGAUGCACUCUCAAAAACACUUGUUUAUUACUAUCCAGGUGCAGGAAGGAUUAUGGAGGGAGCUGAGCGCAAGUUGAUGGUGGAUUGUACUGGUGAAGGUGUCAUGUUCAUUGAAGCUGAAGCUGAUAUAACACUUGAUCAAUUUGGUGAUGCUCUGCAACCUCCAUUCCCUUGUUUCCAAGAAAUUCUACACGAUGUUCCUGGCUCAGAAAAAAUUAUUGAUCGUCCCAUUCGACUCAUUCAGGUCACACGUCUCAAAUGUGGUGGUUUCAUAUUGGCCUUGAGUUUAAAUCAUACAUUGGGCGAUGCAGUUGGUUUAAGGCAAUUCAUACAUGCCUGGACAGAAAUGGCUCAAGGAGCAAAUCAACCUUCCAUUCAACCUGUGUGGUGUAGAGAGAUCCUAAUGGCAAGAGACCCGCCACAAAUUACAUGCAACCAUCGUGAAUACGAACAAAUUACACUUCCUCCAAAUACCAUCAAGGAAGAAGAUACUACUACCACAGUCCAUCAAUCUUUCUUCUUUACACCUGCUCACGUAGUUGCAAUUCGUUGCUUGGUACCACUUCAUCUACGUCAAUGCACUGCAUUCGAUCUUAUCGCUGCAUGUUAUUGGUACUGUCGCACAAAAGCAUUACAGUUAAGGCCAGAGGAAGAGGUACGAAUUAUGUGCGUCGUUAAUGCACGUUCGAGGUUUACUGAUCGCUUGUCACUUGUUGGAUAUUAUGGUAACUGUAUUGCUUUCCCCGCGGCUGUCACUACCGCAGGGAAACUUUGUGGAAACCCACUAGGUUAUGCAGUAGAUUUGAUAAGAAAAGCAAAAGCUCAAGUUACAGAGGAAUACAUGCAUUCUGUGGCAGAUCUUAUGGUUAUCAAAGAAAGAUGUUCAUUUACAGACUUAAGGUCUUCUAUUGUGUCAGAUUGGACUCGUGCUAAGUUUGCAGAAGUUGAUUUUGGAUGGGGCGGACCGGUGUAUAGUGGCGCGGCUAAGGGUGGACUUGGAUCUUUUUCUGGAGGAACUUUUAUUGUCCCACAUAAGAAUGCAAAAGGAGAAGAAGGUUUGAUAUUACCAAUUUGCUUGCCAUAUGAAGAUAUGAAGAGGUUUGCCAAAGAGUUAGAUGAAAUUCUUGCUAGCCAAAAUCAUGCUACAAUAAGUGGAUCUAGUUUUGUCACAUCUGCUAUAUAGUUUACAACUUGUGAUAUUCCAACAAAUAACUACUCUCUCCAAUCUUAAAUAUAAGGAAAUGUUGGUAAAUUUUUUUGAUGUAUUUGAUUCAAAAAUUGAUUCAAAUCAUCAAUUAUUUUUUUACUAAUUUUUACUUAUGUUUAAAAUUGAAGUAUUAAAUAAUCACUAUGAGUCAAGUUAAAUAAAGUUGUGUUUGUCCCGUGAGCUUCGUUCAGUUGAUAAGAAUAUUAUAUUAUAUAUGUAAGGGGUCGGAGUUUGAACCCCGUUCUUCCCACUUAUCCACCUUAAGAGUAAAAUUUCUAUCAAUUAGACUACUUAAAAAAAAAUUGUGUUUGUGUGCACAAGCUUUUGCCCUCUUUGCUAUAGAAAAAAGUUGUGUUUGUGUGCAAGAAUAAUAAAGAAGAAGUUGGAUAUGGUCCAAAGAUGUACAAUAGUAAAAUUAUAUAUAAAUUACAUAUGUUAUCUA